AGCGGCUCAGUACAAUGGUGUCCGGUAUAUGCAACGUUUUGACGCGUUGCGUAAUCAUUUAAAAGUGUAAGCGAGACGGAACAAAAUCGCGGCGCGAACGAUUUCGGUCGUGUCUCACGUUUACGUCGACGCGACCACACUGCCUGUCGUGGACCAAGAGAUAUGCAGAAGAGUGGAGUCGAGCGUUGUUAACGUCCCGGAGAAUGCCACUGGGUUUCCCACUGGCAAAUCGGUAACGAACGAUCAACAGCAGCAACCCGUCCCAGGGAAAAUGUCGUUGAUAAAGACCAACACCGGCUCGCCGGGGACCACCAGCGUUCCCAUGCUGAGCCAAUUGAAAUAUGAGCAUUUUCUCGCCGGUAUAUCCGGCGGCGUGGUUUCGACGCUGUUGCUGCAUCCGCUGGACCUGAUCAAGACCAGAUUUGCGGUUAAUGAUGGCAGUCCGAAGUCUGGUCCACAAUAUAAAAGUCUUAGAGGUGCAAUACAACAGAUUAUCAAGACUGAAGGUGUGCGAGGACUUUACAAAGGUGUAACACCAAAUGUAUUAGGAUCUGGCGGUGCGUGGGGUUGCUACUUCUUUUUCUACAAUACCUUUAAAGGCUGGAUUCAAGGAGGAAAUAGUCGAAUACCAUUGGGACCCUCCUGGCAUAUGUUUGCUGCAGCAGAUGCUGGGAUUCUUACUUUACUUAUUACCAAUCCACUUUGGGUAGUGAAGACACGUUUGUGUUUACAGUAUAAGGAUGAUGCAAAUCUUCCAGAAAAGUACCGAUACAAGGGCACGAUAGAUGCGAUUCAAAAAAUUUAUAGAACAGAAGGAAUCCAAGGCUUGUAUCGGGGUUUCGUUCCUGGAAUGGUUGGUGUUUCACACGGUGCCAUUCAGUUUAUGGUCUAUGAAGAGCUGAAAAAUCAAUACAACAGUCGCCUAAAUUUGCCAAUAGACACUAAAUUGUGCACAAUGAGAUACAUCGUCUUCGCGGCAAUCUCCAAAUUAAUUGCCGCUGCUUCUACUUAUCCUUACCAAGUUGUAAGAGCGCGACUUCAAGAUCAUCAUCACAACUACUCUGGCAGCAUAGGAUGCAUACGAUCGAUAUGGAGAUAUGAAGGGUGGCGUGGCUAUUACAAGGGUUUGAGCGCGAACCUGACCAGGGUGACUCCGGCAACUGUGAUCACGUUUUUGGUAUACGAAAACGUAUCACAUUACCUUCUGCAACUCACAAAAAGACGGAACGUCGUGGAAGACAGGACUCCUCUGCCCAUUCUUGUUAAAAGAAUCGAAACUUGAAGUUUGUUCGUUGGGAAUUCGAACUGAGAUGUCCGGUAUUUAAUUUAGACCUAAUUCGGCGCCACCAUAAACAAAAAUUGAAGGCACAAUACAUUUUGACCAGUCGACAGAAUAUUGUGAUUCGCGAAAUAAAUAUGUUUGUCUCUGUCAAAUGAAAAUUACAGUUAAAUUGCUGUAACGUUAAUCUACGUGCAUUUAAAUUUUUAGCGAGUGACCGUAUUCGUUACAUUAUUCCUUAAAGCAUUUGUUUGCAAAUAGGGAUGGGUGAAAUUUAUUUCAGAAAGUAUUCGAAUUACUACUUUUGUAUUCGUUUGUUGUUAAAAGUUUAAAAGAAUUUGCAUGAUGUAUUUGCUACAUAUUGUGUGUAAGCAAAGAGUAUACAAAACAGUUUUCAAAACAAUUUUAAAUGUCAUUAUUUAGAAACGAUUUAUACAUAUAAUUAUUUAUGAAAAAUAUUACUAUUUAUUUAUUAAUG